AACCUUAAUAUUCGGGCCGCAGUAAAGAUUUAUAAUAUUAGUUACGUUACUUUAAGCCGUAGAUUAGAGGGAACUAUAUUUAAUUUACGGAAUUUGAUGCUGCUAAAAAAAAAGAAGCUAAUUAAAUAUAUUCUCGACCUAAAUGCUAGAUCUUUUUUUCCCCAUCUUUAUAGUAUUAAAGAAAUAGCAAAUUAA